UCUUGCUCUCUAUCACCGCCUUUCAAAUCUUUAAAAGCCGCUGCUUGCCGUUUCUCACUCGUUCUCGGUUUGUAUCCUCUGGCACUGCAGGGGACUCCCGGCUCUCAGCCUCACUAAGCUGAAAAGCGAGCAAAGAAACAGAGAGGGGAAAGAGAAAUAGACUUCCAGAAAUAGCAUCAGCCACGUACGACACAACUGAGCAUGGAGAACCUGAGACCCGGACGCAAGAUGUCCUUCCUUUCCAACUUGACCCCGGUUGUCCUGUUGCUGAUCGUCCACUGUGGAUCCUGGUCUUUGGCGGGUCGCUUGGGCCCCAACAAAAACUGUCAGACAUGCAAAGAUGGGCACCCCUUGGCUGCGGGCCGGACCUCCAGGGACCCGGCUGGGGCGCCCAGCACAAAUGUGUUGGCGUUGGGGGAGCCCUGUGGGGUUUACACACUGAGCUGCGCCAAGGGGCUUCGCUGUGUACCCCCUCCACGUGAACACAGCCCCCUUCAGGCUCUGCUGCAGGGCAGAGGCUCCUGCACCAAACAGAGCAAAACGAGUCCCACCGAGAGGCCCCGCCCCACAGGGCCACAUCCUUCGAACAGUGGUGAAAUAGAAAAGGCUCCAUGUCGUAAGCUGCUCAACUCUGUCUUGCGUGGACUCGAACUCACCAUUUUCCAGUCGGAUCGGGACAUCUACAUCCCAAACUGUGACACUCGUGGUUUCUACAGGAAAAAGCAGUGUCGGUCCUCUAAGGGCAUGCAGCGUGGCCAAUGCUGGUGCGUCGACGAGAUGGGAAACACAGUGCCAUCACGUGCCGGCGAGGAUGGCAUUUUACCAUGUGAUGGAGAGUGAGGGGAGCGACUGCCCCACAGCUCUGAGCCUGGAGGAGGAGGAGGGGUACAGGGAGAGGGGAUGACUUCAACUUGGUGCAAGCCACUGCCAGACCAGAACACUCCAGGGAUAAACCACUUGACAUGGGAAUGGGCCCUCACUCAGAACGUCCAAACCACAUUCACUGCCAUAAACUCGAAUAAACAGCAUCAGAACACUAAUGACCACUACACCACAUGAACUUAAGCUGGGAUAGAUCAGCUGUUACAGAGAGAUAUUUAAUUCCCUGGCCACAACUUCUAUCCACGCUUAUGUUUGUUUUUCAAUGGGCGGUUUAACUAUUAAGCAGAUGCUUUCGAACCCGUCCCCUCUCCCCUUCUUCAGUGAUACACUGACUAAACUAUACUUAUGAAAAUGGAACAUACUUUCUCGUCUAAUUUAUUCUGGAGUUACUAAAUUUCCUUGAAUUUUCUCCUCAAAGACUUGCGUGCUUUUGAAUUGUACACAUUGUCAUGUAAUCGACAUCUAAACUCUAUCAUAAUGUGCACAUUUGGCAAGUACUCGUUUAGGCCUAUAUGACACUCUGCAAAUGCACGUCGUGGAUUAUUUGUACAUAAGUGAGGUUAUCGUGGUUGGUUGUGUCAUGAGGUAGAAUAUUCUUGAAUGCUGAUGGCUGUUAUAUUUUUAUACAUUUUAUAUAUAUAUAUAUAUAUAUAUAUAUAUAUAUAUAUAUAUAUAUAUAUAUAUACUGUAUAUAUAUAAAAACAUAUAAUUUGUUGAUUUAUUUAAUGAACUACGAUGCCAUGUAUUUUUAUAUUGUCAGCAGUUUUUCAUUGUCAAAACAGAGCUUAUUUUUUAAUUUGCUAAGAGAGUGAGUACCAUGCGUUGGUGUCACCAUAAAAAGGGAUUAAAAACAAAGAAAUACAAUUUAAACACACCCUUAAGAGCAUUUACUGCUGUACAUGUUUUUUAUAUAUAUAUAUAUAAUAUUUGUUAUUUUAUGUCACAGUUGUUUCAUUAUUUAUGUUGAUAUGUUGACCCUUCAGUAUUGGACAAUUCUGUGUAUUUUUUUCAGAACUCUGUGUUUUGUCAUUCCCAAAAUGCAUUGAGAAAAAAGUGCACAAAAUAAUGUCUGAUCAAUGUACCUCACACUGAUUUUGUUGUAUCAAUAUAUGUGCCAGUAGUUCUGGGCCCUUGAAAAUGGACUCAAUGCAAAAACUAUAAUGUGUGCAAGAACUAUGAGACAAAAAAAAAAAAAGAUACAGAGAAAAAUAAAUGCAUAUGUUAAUAUAAAGACUGAUUC